AUGGGAGACGAAUCAGAAGAGUCGUUCCCUUGGGAUCUUGGUGUCUACGAUGCCCACUGUCAUCCGACAGACACGGUCGCCAACAUCUCGUCAAUCCCGGACAUGCAUGCUAGAAUCUUGACCAUCAUGGCCACACGUGCUCAGGACCAGGAGUUAGUAGCUGAGACUGCCGAUAAGUUAGGUGUCAAGACAAAGUCUGAGCAAGAUUGGAGCUCGGAGCAGAAAGUGAUACCGUGUUUCGGCUGGCAUCCCUGGUUCUCACAUCAGAUGUUUGAUGAAGAAACCUACCCCAACACCACAACUCUUACUCCCGAGCAAAAGAUUGAACACUACCAAUCCGCACUCACCCCAACUCCUACCGACCGCGACUUCCUUCUCGCCCUUCCUGAUCCUCGCCCCUUCUCGGUCUUCCUUGACGAAACCAAGAACUACCUUAAGAAGUACCCAUUGGCUUUGAUUGGCGAAGUUGGUCUGGACAAGCAAUUUCGUAUCCCCGAAGCCUGGCUGCCAGGUCAGAAGAGCGAGAGAGAUGAAGCUCUCACACCAGGUGGAAGAGAAGGGAGAUCUUUGUCACCAUAUCGUGUGUCUAUGGACCACCAGAAAAAGGUCCUGUUAGCCCAAUUACACCUCGCAGGAGAACUAGGACGCGCAACCUCUGUGCAUGGCGUCCAGGCUCACGGUGUCGUUUUCAACACUUUACAGGAAACUUGGAAAGGGCAUGAGCGAAAGCUUCUCAGUAAACGCGAGCGCAAAAAGCAAGAAGCCGUCAGCGCCUCAGCCCCUGAAGGCAACACUCAAAGUGGAGAGGAAGGGAGGAAGCCAACACCAUAUCCACCACGUAUCUGCCUACAUUCUUACUCCGGACCACCAGAAACGAUUAAACAAUACUUGGAUCCACGCAUCCCAGCAAAAAUCUUCUUUUCAUUCUCCUCGGUCAUCAAUUUCUCGCAUGCAGGAGUUGCAAAGACGGAAGACGCAGUUAAGGCAGUUCCUGACGACAGGAUCUUGAUAGAGAGUGAUUUGCACACUGCUGGCGAAAGGAUGGAUGGCUACUUGGAGGAGGUUGUGAGAAAGAUUUGUGAAAUCAAGGGAUGGCAGCUGGAAAACGGGGUCAAGCAAUUGGCUGCCAAUUGGAAAAGUUUUGCGUUCGGCGAUGAGUAA